UUUUUUAAUCACUAAAAAUGACUAUCCAACUAGAGGGAAAAAAAAUCCAAGACCAAGACCAAUUCAUGGUGCCUCAAACAAAUGCAUUUGGACAUAAUUUUAGGGACUACAACAAUGCACAAAGUGAAAGGCAAAAAGGGGUAGAAAAAUUCUACAAAACACAACAUAUAAAUCAAACAUAUGAUUUUGUGAAGAAAAUGAGAGAAGAUUAUACAAAAUUAGACAAAGCAAAAAUGAGCAUAUGGGAAUGUUGUGAAUUACUAAAUGAUGUUGUUGAUGAUAGUGAUCCUGAUUUAGAUGAACCACAAAUUCAACAUUUAUUACAGAGUGCUGAGGCAAUUAGAAAAGAUUAUCCUAAUGAAGAUUGGUUACAUUUAACAGCCUUAAUUCAUGAUUUAGGCAAAAUAUUAGUUUUACCUAAGUUUGGUGGUUUACCUCAAUGGGCUGUUGUUGGUGACACAUUCCCUUUAGGAUGUUCAUUUGAUGAAUCAAAUAUUCACCAUAAAUAUUUUAAAGAAAAUCAAGAUUUUAACAACUCAAUUUACAACACAAAAAAUGGAAUAUAUAAUGAUUUUAUUGGACUAGAAAAUGUCAUGAUGUCAUGGGGUCAUGAUGAUUAUAUGUAUAUGGUUGCUAAAGAAAAUGGUACAACAUUACCAUCAGCUGGACUUUUUAUUAUAAGGUAUCAUUCAUUUUAUCCAUUGCAUAAAAAUGGAGCUUAUAAACAUUUGAUGAAUGAUGAAGAUGAAGAAAAUUUGAAGUGGCUUCAUGUUUUUAAUAAAUAUGAUUUGUAUAGUAAAAGCAAAGUUCAUGUUAAUGUGGAAGAGGUAAAACCUUAUUAUAUGUCUUUAAUUGAGAAAUAUUUUCCAGCAAAGCUAAGGUGGUGAAAAGGAGGUGAUAUAUGAAGUUAUGAACAAAUUAUAUUGUAAAUAUAAUUUGUGAGAUGUGGAUUAAGUUGUAUAAUAGAUAGUUUGUAAUAUUGAA